UCCAUUAAACAUAAAAAAUAAAAUUAUCAAAAGUUCAUUUAAUACAAAGAAGUAUCCAUGAACAAAUAAAAAUUAUAACAUAAACAUAAAAUUGUAUCUAUCCUUCUAAUGUUGCCCAAAUUUGAUUGGCAAUAUCAUCUCUCACUUGGGCCAUUUCUCUUAGACGAUAUCAACUCACUUUUUAAUCCAUCAAUUUCCACAACAUCAUCAAUAUUUUGUGACAUCUAGAAUGUAAUAUUAAUUUUAAAGUAAGUUAUUAUGUCCUCAAUAUUUAAAAUUGAAAGAAACAAAACAAAAGUUAACCUUUAACUCUACUAUCUAUGAUACUUUAGAAAAAAAACCACAACGAAAACCCAAAUCCGCGCAAAGAGGAAGACGAAAACUAUGGAUCUGACGAAGUGAAAGAGUCAGGCGAAAGCUUUGGAUCCAGUGAGGAGGAAGAGUCCGGUUUGUAGAGGAAGAUGAUGAGAGGCGAAGAGGAAGAGUCCGACUUGUACGAUGAGAGGCGAAGAGGAAGAGGAUGGUUAUUUAGGGAAGACAAUGGAGAUAAGAGGAAUAAAAAGAAAAUAACGUGGAGAGGAAAAUGUAAAAGGAAAAGGAAACCAAUGGAAAAAUAAUGAGAAAAAGGAAAAGAAAAUCAAUAGAAAAAUAAUUAGAAAAAGGAAACGGAAACCAAUAAAAAUAAUUGAGAAAAAGGAAAAGGAAACCAACAAAAAUAAUUGAAAAAAAAAAGGAAACCAAUAAAAAUAAUUGAGAAAAAGAAAAAGAAAAUAAAUAGAAAUAAAUUGAGAAAAAAGAAAAUAAACCAAUAGAAAUAAUUGAGAAACAAAACGAAAGAAAUUAUUUUUUUUUCCCAAUAAUUCUUUAUAAAAUGGGAAACGUUUCUACUUUUCUUUUAGAAUGAGAAAUAAGGAACGUUACCAAACACCUCCGUUUCUUAAGAAAAUAAAAGCAUAAAUAGGAAACAGGGAAUGAGAACGUUACCAAACGGGCCCUUAUUGUUUGAUCCUAAAAAGAAUAAUGCCAACAGAAUUAGGGAGUUUCGACCUAUUAGUCCUAUCACUAGUGUUUAUAAGAUUUUGGCUAAGGUUCUUGCUAGGGGUGAAAAAACCGACCUGAACUGAUUCGUUCGGGUUCGACCGAUUUGAAACAAUAGUAUUACCAAACCGAACCGAUUCGAGUCGGUUCGAUUCUAAAAUUAACCGAUUAGGUUAAAAACUUAAAAAUAGGUUUCUUCGUUCUUCGUCAUUUCAUUCUGCUGCAUUUCGUCUUUUUUUUCUUCGCCCCAACCCCUGAUCACUCUGCUGCAUCAUUUCGUCUUCACCUCUUUCAUUCUUGUUCGUCAUUUCGUCUUCGCCUCAACCCCUGACCGUUCGUUAUUUCGUUUUUGCACUUCGCCAUUUCGUUGUCACUCGUCAGAUAGCAUUUUCACUGUUUUCCCAUCUCUUUGCUUUAUUGUCUAUGACUCUGUGGGGUUUUGUUGUUUAGAACACUUUCCUCGAAUAACUUUUUGAUGGGUUUUGAUUUCUUGAUUUCUUGAAAGUAGAAAUAGUGUUUAAUUUAAGAUCUGGUGUUGAUGCUGCCACUGAAAAAAAUACCCAGGCGAUGGUAUUGAUGUGUAAGUUAUAAUGUAUUUGUUCAUUAAUUUUCUUGAGAAGAUCAGACUCCCAUUUAUAGGUCUCAUCGGACAAUGCACCCCUUUACCAUUAUGUAUAAAUGGACUACGAAGUUGCAGUUGUUCAUGUUUUUUACCAUUCUAUAUAAAUGGACAAUGCACCCCUUUGUUCAUGUUUUUUUACCAUUCUGUAUAUUUAUCAAAGAAUAUAAUAACGAUUGGGUGAACAAAAUAGCUGUUUGCCUAUUUACCAUUCUACUUAUCAAUCACAAAGUUGGUACAUUGUCCUAGUUGAACAAAAUACUAAAAAAAUUAUUGGGUGAAUUGAAGUCCAAAUAUAGCUAUUAGUAAGGCAAUGACUACAUGAUGUGUUUGAUGGGAAAUUCUUUCGGAAAAUGCUGUUUUUCUCUGAGGUCCACGCCCCAAGCCCUUGUAAAUUUAAGAAUUUCAAGUCAAUGUAACCAACUAUUUGGUAAAAGUUCAUUCUGUCCAUUCAACAUUGUUGGUUUAGUUUUCCAUUCUCACAAACCAAUUGCUAGAGCCAAUCAGACCAAAAACUGACGAAGACGAACCAAAAUGUAGACCAAUGAGCAUCCCUACGUGUCACUGUUUGUUUUGUGUUUUGUCCAUGUUCAUCCUUCUUCAGUGGCAAUAAUGAUAUUGCUUGACAAGUCACUGUCACUCAAUAUUUAGAAUUCUACACUUAUAUCUUUAUUGUUAAGACUGGUAUCAUGCUAUUGGAACACACACACACAACAGUAAGAACUUUCUGAUGAGAAACUGGUAUCAUGCUAUAAAACCAACUUGUUUUUUUAAGCCAUUAACCCCCUUAAUUUUUUGUCAAUGAGACAUGUGUAUGUUUAAAUGAUCUCCUCAAAUAACUUCGACUUAAUGUGCAGUAUAGUUAAAUUUAAAUGAAUGAAAUAAGAUAGCAAAAAACGAAGGAUUUAUACAAGUUCAAUAUUGUUUUUCUUUGCCUGAAUGCUAUAUAUUCAUUUCAUACCUCAAGUUAAAAUUUGAGUGUUUUUUUAGUCAUCGUAGACGAGACUUCAAAACAAAGUUGUUCUAGUCCAGUGUUAGGAAAAACAAAACCGGUUAAACCACCAUCAUCAGUAUGGGAAUAUUUUAUAAAAGUAGAAGGAUGUGAUCCUAAAUAUCCUAGGGCUGCUUGUAAACAUUGUGGGAUUUCGUAUGCUUGUGAUUCCAAAAGAAAUGGUACCACUAAUUUAAAAAGACAUUUAGAAAAAUGUAAGAAGUAUGUAAAUCCAUUGGACGAUAAUGUUGAAGGACCGGGAGAUUCUGAAAGUAGUUUGAUGGCUACGUCCUUCACUCAAGAAAAUUGUAGAACAAUGCUUGCUAGUAUGGCUAUCUUGGAUGAAUUGCCAUUUAAGUUUGUAGAAAGUGAAGGGUUUCACCAAUUUUGUCGAGCAUUAAAUCCAAAGUUUGUGAUUCCAUCAAGAGUAACCGUUGCAAAGGAUUGUUUCCAAAUGUAUAUGAGGGAGAAAAAAAGUUAAAAAAUGCAUUAACUUGAAGUGGCCAAAGAGUUUGUUUAACAACAGAUACAUGAACUUAUGUGCAAAAUAUUAAUUAUAUGUUUAUAACGGCUCAUUUCAUUAAUGAUGAUUGGAACUUGCAUAAAAGAAUUUUGAACUUUUGUCCAAUAGCUAAUCAUAAAGGAGAUACAAUAGGUAGAGUCAUUGAAAAGUGCUUCAAAGGUUGGGGUAUUGAUAGGCUCUUUAUUGUAACAGUUGAUAAUGCGAGUUCAAAUGAUGUAGCCAUUGCCUACUUGGUUAAAAAGUUUAAAGGCAGAAAUGAGUUAUUCACAUUAGAUGUUGUGCUCAUAUUCUUAAUAUAAUUGUUAGUGAGGCAUUAAAAGAUUAGCAUGUGUCUAUCAUUCGAAUCAGAAAUGCUGUAAAGUAUGUUAGGUCAUCUCCUGCUAUAUUGCAAAUAUUUAAAGAUUUUGCUAAAGAAGAUAAGAUGUCAACAAAAAAUUGUCUUACGAUGGAUGUUCCAACACGAUGGAAUUCUACUUUCACUAUGUUGGAUGGAGCAAUUAAGUAUCAAAAAAUGUUUGAAAGAUUAGAGGAGCAUGACCCUAGAUAUUAGCCAAAGGAUGAUAUUCUUACUGCUGAAGAUUGGGAUAAUGCAAAAGUAUUUGUAAAGUUCCUAAAGACUUUUUUAAAGGUAACAAUCAAGUUUUCUGCAUCUAUGUCUGUGACUUCAAACAUAUUUUUUCACGAACUUUGUUUGAUCCAAGAAAUAAUUCGUGAAUAUUCAUCAUAUGAAAAUGCAUUAUUGAGUCAGAUGACAUUAAGCAUGCAGACAAAAUUCAACAAGUAUUGGGGUAUAACUACAAGUGAGAAGACUAAUUUACUAUUGUAUGUUUAUGUAGUUCUUGACCUUAGGUACAAGCUAACUUAUGUGAAUUAUUGUUUUAGUGAAUUUUUGGAGGAAGAUUGUGUAAAAAUAUGGACGAAUAAGGUUGAAGAAGCAUUUCGUCGAUUGUGUGAUGAUUAUUAUAUGAGAAUGUCAAAAGAAAAAUAUUCACAAACACAAUCAUGUACACCUAUAGAAGGAUUUGGCUUUCAAAGUCAAAGUGGAAUACCUUCUAUCUCAUCUAGUGGAUCUUAUAAGGCACGUGUUGUUGUUCAUAUAAUAUUUAAACAAAGUAACAAAACAUGUCUAGAUGAUGCUAAAACAGAGGUGACUCGUUAUCUGGAUGAGACUCAUAUAGAAGAUGAAUAUUUAGAUUUGCUAAAUUGGUGGAAGGUGAAUUCCUCUCGAUUUAAGAUCAUUAGCCAAGUAGCCAGGGACAUCUACAGUAUUCCUAUAUCAACUGUGCCUUCUGAGUCCGCCUUUAGCACUGGAGGACGGGUGUUAGAUUCUUUUCGAAGUUCUUUAACUCCUCAAACUGCAGAGGCACUCAUUUGUGCUCAGAAUUGGAUUCAAUCUAAACCUUUGGAUGACAUGACUGAAGAAAUUGACGGGGCUGAAGAAAUUGACGGGGCUGAAGAAAUUGAUGAAGAAUUCAUAAACAUAGAAAGGAGUUGGAAGCCACAUUUGAGAAUCUGAAUAAUGACUAUGGUUUAAAUCCCUACUCUCAAAUCUUUAUUUACAUUUUUUUGUUUUAAAUUGUUAACUUGUUAAAUAUUGAAUCUUGUUCUUUUAGAGUCUUGAAGCACAGUGAUGGAAGCACUUUGGGUUAUACGAACAAGGUGUAACGUAGACAAUAGAUUCAAUUGUAGGUAAAAGAGAAUUUAACGUAUUUGAAUAACUUUUUUGUUGCCAUUGCUUCAAAUGCCCAUCUGUGUUCUGGCUUAAUGAUGUUUGAGGUUAUUGUUUAAAUAAGAAACCAAGCUUUGGUUUACAUUGAAGCAUUUCUCGGAUGGGCUGGCAUCGAUGUUGUUAUUGUGUUUGAAUAUGCAUGAUUGAAACUUAACUCUACCUUCUAAAAUAGUAUUGUGUUAGUUUGUUUUAUAUGACUAUGCUGUGGAAUUUUCAUUAUCUAUUGUGCUUUCUGUCUAUUAUUGAUUUUUUUUCCUUUUCCAGUAUCUCAAAGAAUAGUGUGUAUUCUUUGCUGCAAUCUUCCAUGAAUGGCACCCUUCAAGCUUUUAACCAUUGCAUCUCAAACAAGAACACAAUCUUCCAUGAAUGGCGCCCUUCAAGCUUUUAACCAUGAUUUGCCCUUUGGUACUUAUGAAUCCAGCUCUGUAUAGGUUUUUACUUUCUCAUUUACCUUUUAGGUGUUUGAAGAAAUGAUAAAGUUAGAGAAUCAUUUUGUUUUUUUGUCGUUGUCUGAAUGGGUUGUACGGAGAA